AUGGACCUUAUGAAUCGAGUUUGUCGGGCCAUGUUAGACAAAUUCGUUAUAGUUUUUAUUGACGAUAUCUUAGUUUAUUCCCGAAGUGAAGCCAAACAUGCAUGCCAUUUGCGUGAAAUUCUUGAAGUGCUCCGUAAGGAGAAAUUGUACGCGAAAUACUCUAAGUGUGCUUUCUGGCUUAGAGAAGUACAAUUUCUCGGUCAUGUGAUUAAUGCAGAUGGUAUCUUAGUGGAUCCGUCAAAAGUGGAAGCUGUUAUGAAAUGGGUACCUCCAAAGAACCCAAGUGAAGUGAGAAGCUUUUUGGGUUUAGCAGGCUAUUAUAGGAGGUUUAUUCAAGACUUUUCUAAAUUGGCCCUGCCGUUGACCAAGUUAACCAAGAAGAAUGAAAAGUUUACAUGGGGUACAGAUCAAGAAAAGGCGUUUCAAACCUUGAAAAAGAAGCUGUCGAGCUCCCCGGUGCUAACCUUACCUGAUGGAACGGAGACUUGGUGGUGUUUACUGAUGCAUCAUACCAAGGGUUGGGAUGUGUUUUAA